UAUCAAGCAAAGAAAUACUACGUCAUACGUCCACAACUUGUUUUUUAACAAGAUGACCAUGUUAAGCAUGAGAAGCCAGCACGUUCAACAGUAAGCGGGUUUCCAUCACUUUUGUUUUAUUCGCAUUUUGAAGUUUCGCAUCAGAAACGAGUGAUGGAACACUAAAUUUCUAAUUAAAAACCCUUAAUUUGCAAAAAAGAUUUUACGCUUGCUUGAGGUGGUUUUUCAUUUUUGCGAAAAAGGGUUAAUGCAGAUAAUGUGAGAUGGAAAGGCAUUUGCCGAAUAAAUUCCUCCAAAAAGUCAUGUAACUGCACUAUGAGACGGCGUAACCUGACUAACCAGAGUACUGAUCUUGUUACACAGCAUCAGAAAUGUUGUUAUGGUCAUUCUUAAAUGCCUGAGCAAAGUCGUCAAAGUAUUUCUGUAAUUGCCUCUUAGAACUGUCACGACUGCGCAAUCGUCUGCUUGCGCAAGUAUUAUUAUAUAUGAAAAUUAUUAUAUUCAGUGGCUUCUCUUACUUUUCUUACUGAUAUUUAGUGGCAGUUUAUUAGGAAGUGUCAGUUUACUAGUUGGAUGGAAACCAUGCUUAUUCACAAAUGUUUUAUGCGAUAACUUUGGAUGGUAACCCGGCUAGUGUAAAGAAGUAAGAAUGCAUGACAUAGCAUGAUACCUCCAUUUAAUGUAACCUCAACCCAAAACUCUAAUCCUAAAUCUGAUUGGUCGAUAUGAAUAUCGUUCUAGCAAUGUCCUACCUAAACAUAUUAUUGCCGUUUUCAGGUGCUAUAACAAUUUUCGAGUUUUAAUGAUUGUAGAAAUUCACAAUUUCCUCCAUUCUACAUUGUAGUGCCCUAGAUAGCACAUCUACCACACACAUUCACUCAAGCCAUGUAUUGGUUACUUGGCUGAGUCACCGGCGCAGACUCAAGCUCCAGGGGCAAAAAUGUCCAUUUUAAACAUUCAGAUCUUCAAACCAGAUUGCAUGCCGAAUACAAUUUUAUUCACUGUGGCAUACAGACAUGCUCAGCUCGUGUCAAAAUUUCAAGGGUUCACAUCCACAUAAACUCCCAGUAUUCAAAUCCACCCACAAUCUUUUAUUAUUAAUCAUAGACAUUAGAUUGUAUUUCAGAAAUGCUUGCAAAUGAGCAUACAUCAGGAGAAUGGAAGCAGGGAGCUUUUGCCUUACAGGAAGAGAUGCACAAAAGCUCUUUUGUCUUUCAGGAGUCCGUAGGAAAUGAUGACCCACUUAAUAGAACAAUUUAGAAUGCUCCCACAAUGCGUUAAAAAAAAGGCCGCACAGCGCCAAGAGACACAAUAAACAAAAUCAAUGAGGUAGGAAAAAGCAAACAGAGCUUGGGGAGGGAAGUGUGUGUGUGUGUGUGUGUGUGUGCGUGUGUGCGUGCGUGCGUGCGUGCGUGCGUGCGUGCGUGUUUGAUGCCACUCUUACUGCUGAAGCUUCAAUAAUGAUGAUUUCCAUCUGCUUAGAUGAACACUGAUGAACUUGCCAAUCUGGUCACCAAUGUGUAAGUGUGGCGCUUUGAUGUAAUCUGCUGUUUGUUUAUUUGUUUGUUUCUCUUAUUUUGUUUGCUAAAUGCUUGGCUGGUGUUAAUUGCUAUUAAAUUACUAUCCAAAAUUAUGUUUCAGAAAAAUAACUAAUGAUUUUUUAUUUAUUAAACUUCUCGUUAGAUUUCUUCUUUGUUGUGUUACAUAUUGUUAUAGGGGCACCUAGUGGUGUGGAGGCAACAUGUUUUUUAACAAAUUUUUCAGACAGUGAUGCCAUUCAUUCAUUCAUUCAUUUGCUGUUUGCAGACAGCCAGGAUUGUUUUUCAUGAGCGGAAGUGUGUGAUAAAAGGUAUUACAGGGAUGAUGCAUAGCUUUUUAUCAAUUAUGUGAUAUAAAUAUGUUUUAGAUAAAAACUGGAUUAUGAUAUUUUCUAAAGAAAUUGUGAAUGGUACUUGCUUAUGCUAUAUUAAAGCAUUGCUGUGUGGCUGCUGAAGUGAUUUUUGUGUUUUAGUUUAUUGCUGUGCGGUUGCUAAGGUGUUAUGGGUGGUAGCUAGGGCCUUGCUAGAAAGCUAGAAUGUGCUAUUGCACAUUCUAAAACAAAAAAGCUAAAACAUUGCACUGUUUUGAGCAUCCCACUAGCCCAAAAACAGCAACAACAUUGCUUUAGUUUAGGGCAAAGGUGAAGGGGUGAAAACCUUGUUUUAAAACAUUAUUACCAUUAUGGUUGAAAAUGAGCUUGGUGAUGCUACUGGUGCAGACACAUUUCACCUUUAAACAUGUGGCAUGGAAUUCCAUUUUCCCCACUGUAAAUUUAGCAGCCACUGACUGUGUAAUUCACAAGUACACUCAGAGAUGUCUAAUGUCUGCUGUAAAUAUGUCUAACGUAACUUAUAUUACAACACGUCACGUCACUCAUGUAACUAAAUCCCAAAGACAUGCCUGCGGAUUUCAGUCGGCUCUUUUAAUCACUGGUAGCCAUGAGCAGUAAUGAGUUUGUGGAGACACAGCCGCUCAUGGAGGAGUCAGUUUAAAUGAAUAUCUGUGGCCUUAAUGAAGCAGAAAAUGACAGUGGAGAUGACAGGAUGUUUUGGUCAGCAGGCCUCCACACUACAUUUAUCAGUUGCCCGCUCUGGGUCUACUACUCACAAAGGAGCAAGACAAAGUCGUGUAAGCUCAGAUCCAAUCAGCCUGGCAUUAAUGGACGUGUUUGACAGCUUUUCGUCUUGCAUGAGAAAUGCAAAAAUUGCUUUACCGAAUGUGAUGAUUUAUUCAUGCAGCCCCGAUAUGAAUGACACUUUUGUUAAUCUGUUGAUUUAUGUGUUUGCUGAAACAUUGAAAAGUGUGUGAGUUGUCUCUAAAAUCUAUACUUUAAAUUUACAAAGCCAUCAUCUUUUUUAUAGUAAACACUAACAGUAUGAAGGAUUUGCACAAGCACAGCAUUCCAACAGCACACCCAAAAUCAAGCUCCCUGUUUGACCCACCUCAAGGAAACACUUUCAAAUUGACCUCAGCGUGAUGAAUAUCAUCUUUAUAUUCAUCAUGAACAAAUUACAUUUUACGCUGAAGCCCUUUCUUUCACGGGUAACGGCACACUGCACAGUCACCAUAUGGGGGGACAGGAGCCAAAAACUCAAUCCCAGAUCACCCAUGCACUGUUCCAGCCCAGCCACAGCAGCGGGAUAUAAUUAGAUUGGAAAUUACAGAAAGUUACAGGGAGCUAAAUCCCCCCGUGGAUUGCGUGGCUAUAAAUGUCUUGCAAAAGCCAGUGGAUGUAUCACCAUAGCAACAACCCUUUUCUGCAUUCUAUUUUAAGGCAAGGAGAAUAGUGGAGUGGAGGGGAAAAAAGCGCAAACAUAGCUAUUUCAGCAUUGAAAAUGAUACAUUAUUCAAAUGCCAGAAAGCAAAAACUUUACACAGGAGAACCACUGCAAUACAUGGUUUGAAUGCAUGGUUUGUUUUGGCCUCUCAAGGACAAAAGGUCAAAGAAACAGCCUAAUUUAUUUCAAUUCAAAUAUUAAGUAUUGCAUGCAACAGAUACAACAAAGACUCUCUGAAUUUUUAAUGAUGUUGUAAAUUAAACUGUUCAUGAUAUUCCAGCCCUUCAGAGUUAAAAAAUGGAUCACAUUUAAUGAGACCGCAUGGUCCAACUGUCAAUUUUUACACACUAAUUUUUUUCAAUCUUCGAAUAGCACACACCCUCAGCUAGGGGGUGUGCUCAGCCUGAUUCAAGGCAGUAACAAACAGCCUUACUGAUACCUUACCUUAGACUUUAGUGUUUUUGUUAUUUUAUUCAGACAUCGGGGUGCUAAUGUAUUACCGCUUAACAUGGUCAACUUGUUAAAAAAAUGAGUUGGACGUAUGACGUAGUAUUUCUGUGCUUGAUACACUCCCCCAGAACCCCAACUUGUUUCGGAAAGUUUUUUAAAAGCCUACGAAACAAGGAUCCUAUUCCUUUUAUUGAGCAACUCUCCCGGAAAAGCACGGCAAGGCGAAAUAAAUAGCCCGCCCACGUGCCAACUGACGAGCGAUAGUAAAACCCGCCUUCCAUCAAGAUGGCUUCAAUGCGUCAGGCUUGGCUGUGCUGUGUGGACCUGUGACUCAUUACACUUGCGAUAGGGAGAGAAGUUUGAGGUGUGUUUGUUUGUUCACGGCAUUUCAGUGAUGGAUGUUAUAUAAACGGUGGAUAUAAUGCUGGAUUUGGAGAUCGUUUGAAACUGACAGAUGCCGCUGUCCCAGUGGUAAAAGAUGCCGGACAUGAACUGCACUCGGAGCUGAGGGCUGCAUGGGUCCGGUGGUCAUGCCCCCAGGGAAGAAGGCAGAGGGCCCCAGCAGUGGGAGUGUUGCGCGGGGUCUGAAUCAGCUCUACGAGGACACAGAAGCAGCUGAUCUGUCUCUCGCUCUGUCCACAUCCCUCAGCCGGGCGGAGGACGAGGAGCUCACCAGCCUCAGCUGGCUGCACGAGAGCACAGAUCUUCUGACCAGCCUGGGUCACUCUGGCCUGCGCAGCGUCAGCCCCCUGCAAGAUGCUAACGGCGGCCGCGAGCCCUCUUCUUCCUCACCUUCAUCCUCUCCUGAGCCAAGCGAGCCACCCUAUCACCUGUCUACGGGUCCCAGCCGUAAACCUCCGUACUCUUUUAGCUGCCUCAUUUUCAUGGCAAUAGAGGACGCUCCCUCAAAACGACUUCCUGUAAAAGACAUCUACAGUUGGAUACUAGAGCACUUCCCAUACUUUGCUAGCGCCCCUACUGGCUGGAAGAAUUCAGUGCGUCACAACCUGUCACUCAACAAGUGCUUCAAAAAGGUGGAUAAGGAUCGCAGUCAGAGCAUAGGAAAGGGUUCUCUCUGGUCUAUUGAUCCUGACUACAGACACAAUUUGAUUCAGGCGCUGAAGAAGACUCCAUAUCAUCCGUAUUCUCCUCGGCUUCCAAAACCUUCUACCUCCCCAUCUGCCUCUCCUCAGCAAUACCACAGUCCUCGACUCUGGCCAGGAAGUCCACUCUUCAGAAAAAAUGGAGGUGUGUUCUUACAAGUUCCACAGAGAGUGAUACAGCAUGGCUCACGAAUGGCCACUCAAGGGCUCUUUCCAGUUAUCAGACCCCUUCCCUUGAGUCCUGUGAGCAGGAGGACAACAGCUGUGAGAUCUGCCCUGGGCGACUUUCUGACACGGGGUAAAAAUGGUCUGCACAGUGACUCGCCUCCUCCCAGCGAUGAUCAACAGGAGGAUCACACAUACAGCAGCUCGCAGUCCCUGAGUACAAAGAGGGACAUUUCUUCCCCCCUCUCCUCCUGCUCCACUCAGGGAUCCCUCUCUGCCUACAGCCACGGUCAGGAGGUGAUGGUCACUGAGGUCAAGGAGGAACAAAAAGACUUUCCGCUGGACACUAAACCACCUCCUUCCCACCUCCUACUCCAGCGCAGAAGACUGCUGUGGACCAAAGGUCACGUACGGACCCCAGACGACACACUUCCCCUGAAGAAGAGGCGGGCGGAAAAGCUUCUGGGAAAUGAGCAAGAAGAUGAGGAGAUGAAGGAGGCUGCAGGGUCUUUGCUUCACCUGGCCGGCGUGCAUGCCAGUGUGAAUAAAAACGGUCAGCGUGCAUGUAAAAAUCAGAAGGAGCUGAAAGAGGAAGUGAAAGAUUAGUGAUGAAUGAAAGUAUGGUUAAUGCAGAUCUAAAUACUUCUGUUCCAGGAUAUCAGGUGAAUCUAGUCAGUUGUUGCAAUAUCAAUAAAAUCACUGUCGUCCUGUUUUAAAUUUUAUUUCUGGGUGAAAGAUUCUCAUGUCCAUUGUUGUUUUGUGUGCGUGUGUGCGUGUGUGCGUGUGUGUGUGUGCGUGUGCGUGUGGGUGUGUGUGUGUGUGUGUGUGUGUGUGUGUGUGUGUGUGCCUGUGUGUGAUUGUGUGAAGAUGGAAAAAAGCCAUAGUAAAGUUUUGGUCAUUUGAGUGCAAAAAUGUUUUUUUAUUUCAUCAAGUCUACCGAACAAUUUAAAAAAUUUAAAAAAGAGGUGCACGCAGCAAUUAUUUUCCCUCUAGAAAAGCUUUACCCCUGAAAAAAAUUAUAGUACUUUUGAAAAAUUACAUAAUAUUUGUAAUUAAAUGAGUGAGUGAUUUAUUUUAUUUUACAUGACUCAUGGGGGAUGGCAGGUUGAUCACAAAAUUAUUCCCGCUCUAAUCCCUUUAUCUCAAUAACCUCUCUAUUAUAGCUCAUGGAAUUAUGACGAAUUAUGAUGGCUGACCAUGAGUAUUACACUUCUAAAAUAGAACUGUUAACCGAAAAGAAUUGUUUUUACACAAUGUGCAAUUGUAUUGUUUGCAUCGACACUAGUAAGUGUCAUUCCAAGACCAUUUGCAUAUGGCAACAAAAAAAUACUGAGUGCACCUUUGGUUAUGUUGUAGCAAUCCUUCUAGUUGUAAGUUUGAAAGUUAAACAGAGAUUUUGUAUGCUGCUCUCAAGUGUGCCAAAGAUGAUACCCGUUGAUGACAGUGCAGCUAAUCCAUGCACACUUAGGAAGACCAAUAAUAGUUUUAAAAAGUGGAAAUGCCAAUCUAUAUAAAAAAUAUCCAAAAGGCAAAUAUAUUAUAUUUAUUAAGCAGCAAAUGUUUCUGAGGAAAAAUGGCCUGUGGAAACAUGAAGGUCAAAUGCAAUAUACCACUUCUGGAUUUUGAUGUUCAAAACAUUAAUGAUGCUGGGUCCUGUUUGAAGCACACUAAAACUGAUCUGUGUUUUUUAAGCAAUGCCUAUUGUGUUCUAUCAAGUUUUGCCAAAAUGUUUUUGUAAUUAAUUUGUAUUUUUGAUUUGCUUCAUUUUUUUAUUCUUCAUCACAAUUCAAGCAAUUUGUCCUGUCAGGAUAACACUGUAAAAAGCUACUCCCUUUUUACGGAAGGCAGAUUUUGCCUUAUGUUUUUUUUUCAGUUAUAUUGCAUGGGUGCUUGUACAUAUAAGAAAGAAGUAUUUUCUUUUUUUAAUGAAAGAUCAUGUAAGAUAGAUAUUUAGCAUGAGGCAUGGCUUAUUUUCUUACGAGAAAACAGAGAGACAGCCUAGCAGGCAUCUCUUAAAGCAUUGGCUUCUUUCUUCAUUCUUUUUUAAUUCGUAUCUCUUAUAUGGCAGACAACUCUUCCAGAGGAAGAGUCUAAACCUGUUAACAAAGAGAUCUGCCUUGUAUUGGAUAAGGUGAAACUGAUUUUGCCUAUUUGGUGGUCCUCGGUUUUGGUGGUCCUUUUCAAUUCAUUGCUGUAAGUGUUCUGAUGUUGUUAAUACUCAGUGUUAAAUGAUCCACCACUCUGUACACCCUUUAAGGUUGUGCCUGCCUUUAGUUCAUGUGCUUGGAUGUCUGUUAUGUUCUUUUGUAACUGUUAAAUACUCUGUUAACGUUUUUUCAUUGUGAAACCUGCAUCAUUGAUAUCAUAAAUUGUACUGAAAUAGUUUGACAAGGAAUUAGAGUUGGCUGUAGUGGGUGAAUUGGGAUAAUCCUUGUUGCACUGCUUUGCGAUAGAGAGGAAUGUCAAACUUCGAGUCUAUUUCAAAUGAUUUACAGUUUGCGACUCAGUGGUUCAACAGUUAAAAAAUUAUGCCUGUGCUGGGAUGUUCCCUUUAUCUCAGUUAAAGUACCCCUCUCCGCAUCACCUCUCACAAACUUUAUCUGUGAAACUGAAUGCAUGGUCGUCCCAUGGCAUUGUUGGCUGCUUGGGUCCUCACUUGCCAUCACCGUAACUUUGUUAUGCAGCAUCUAUCAUGUUUACACUCCACUUCUGUUUAACACACAGUGUAUGAAACGUUUCUGAAUGUUAUGUGUUCACCAUGGGAGAGGAGCACAUAUCAGUCCUUUGAAAUACUUUGAUCUCCUUCAGUAUUUCAGCACUUUUUUAAUAGUAAAAUAGCCCUAUAAGUCUUCAGCAGGGGUAUAGUGGGGUAUUUUUGGAGUGGUGGAGUAGGUGCUGGUUAGCUGUGUGAGUAGCGAAAAACAAGUGCUUUGAGAUAAAAACACGCAGCAUGAAAGAACAUGAUUCGUCCCUGCUGUAUUUGAUUUAGGCAAAAUGCUGCUACAGUUUUGCUUUAAAUUCAUGCCUGUCCCAUAAAAUUACCUUUGUUUUGGUGUACCAAAAACACUAUUUUAAACUGACUCAUACAAAUCCAUAUAAAAUAAAAGGGGGAGAAAAUAUGCAUGACCUAUUUAUUGGGAAACUCUCACUGCCUCUGGAAUUAUAUGUAAAAUAAUAUAAGGAUUUUGUCAAAGUUGUUGAUGUUUGUUUUGCCAAAUAUGUUUUUUGUCCUUGUACUUUAAGUCACUAGUGAUCUGGUAUAUACAGCACAAUGGAGUCAUGAUGAAUAUGUAUUUGACCAGGUCUAUUUUCAAUACAGUCAAUGCCAAUGCUGUAUGAGUAUAAAGCUGUCUAUUUCCUUGGUGUGCAAUUGUAUUGCCAAAGAACAAUAUCAAACUAUUUCAUCAAUACAUGUAAAUAACCACACUGUCUCUGUGACAAGAGUGUCACGACAUGUUACUUUUCCACAUAUUUCUCCUGAAACUUAAAAUAAUGUUUAUGUAAUGUAUUGUCUUCCAGUUGCAAUAAUAAAAAUAUCAGAGUU